AUGUAUCUCCUCAGGUAUACAAACAAAGCGUCCGAUCCUGUCGAGCCUGUCACCAGCGCAAGAUCCGCUGUGACCACAAUCUCCAGCCGCCUAGAACGACUGGAAGUUUUACUAUCACGGUUGACUGACAGUCCUCAGUCCAGCGCAGGAACUACGCCAGUUUAUAGCGGCAGUGGUAGCCAGCCCCAGAUUCAAAUCCAGGCUCGUCCUAGUGCAAAUGUCAAUACCAUUGGAAUCACAAAUCAACAACCAUCUGAGAAGCGCCCUAGCAAACUAACCUGGGAGCUAUUAUUGAAUGAUGAACCGGCUGUCCAGGCUGAAGAUACUUCGAACAUCGAAAGUCUACCACAAAAUGGAGGGAAUAUCAUACCUACCCAAUCGACAGGCUCUGAGCCAGCAGAUUCGCAUCUUCAAAAGAGCACAAAAGUUCACGACGCACCUCGGUCGCAACUAGGUGCUUGCCUACCUUCAGACCUGGGCUCAGAUGUGCUGGACUUCUAUCCUGAUGCCCAGCUAGCCCUUCACUUAUGGAAUGUAUACAUCAAGUCGGUCGAUCCGGUCCUCAAAUUAUUGCACGUACCAACUGUCCAGUCGACUGUUGUUGCAACCAUUUUGAACCCAAGAUCUGCGCAGUCUUCAACAGUGGCGUUGACAUUCGCCAUCUACUAUGCCGCCACCACGGCACUUUGUCAUGAUGAUGAUCACGAACCCAUUAAUCUACCCUGCGAGAAGUUGGCGCUUUUGAGCCGCUACAAGCUCUGCCUGGACCGACUUCUCGUAGUACCAGAUCUGAUGGCUCACCCAGAAUUAGCUUCAUUGCAGGCUCUGGCAAUCUACGCAACGUGUUUACGAGCCAACGAAGUUAGCCGAAAUGUAUGGGUCCUCAAUGGGCUUGCCAUCCGGCUCGCCCAAUCCGUUGGCAUGCACCGAGACGGUGCCUCCCUCCGACUGAGCCCUUUUGAGACGGAAAUGCGCCUUCGUCUCUGGUGGCAUCUGUGUAUCCUUGAAUCCCGUGCCCCGGAAGAUCAAGGAUUUCAGCCUACCGUCGAUGUCACGAACCGGGAGCUGCGGUUACCUUUGAAUGUGAAUGACAACCAAAUCUAUCCCGACAUGACACAAUUUCCCACAGAGUCGGACGGUUGGACGGAAAUGUCUUUCUUCCUGAUUCAGACCGAGUCGUGCCGGCUCCUACAUCCGGUUCUCGAUACCCAAGGGCAACAUUCUCCAGACGCCUUUCUUGACAUCACGGAAAAGCGGAAGAUCAUCCAGCAGCGACGUCAAUACCUGGCGGCCAAAUGUUCAGGAACACGCACUCAUCUGUCACGCCUCGCAGUCCAGCACGGGACGACCGCGUAUAGGAAGAUGGAGUUUGUGCUGCAACUACGGGAGGAGAUCAGCCUGCGAAAGCAAAACCGGCCACAAGAGGAUCCGACUCCUGACGUGCUCAAGCCGUCGUUCAAAUUGGCCUGUGAGGGACUGGAGAGCAAUCAGGUCUUGUCGAACGGGGCGUUUGGGAGCAGAUUCAAGUGGUUCUUCAACAUCUACACCCCCUGGUACGCCAUUGCUUACGUCCUGCGCUGUCUCUGUCAUAGUCCCUAUGGAUUCGAGACUGAACGCGCCUUGGCGUUGGUCGAAGAGGUCUUCUCUCGCGCAAUGAGUCUCCACGUUGGUCACGCGGCCGGGGUCGUUGGUGACUACGGGCACGACAGCCUCUGGAGAUAUAUCAACUUGCUCCGACAUCGAGCUUUAUCGUCGAGGCACCGGCGUCUUCCACCGCCUGUGGAACCUACCGAUGACGGUAGAGUUCCAUCGUCCAUCACUGGUCGAGAUCGCACAAAGACGAGCCAGCUUCUCUCAGAUAUCGAUAUGCCGGACACGACAGCGACGACGGAUGGAGAAACCCCGUUCCCCAACACGGGCCAAGAAUAUAUCCCUGAUUCCAGUCAAAUUAUCUUUUCACCUCUGGACCUGUCGAUGCCGGAAAUACCGUUCUUGCCGGACUGGAAUGCUGUCAUCAAUGGCUGUCUGAACGAUGAUGUCUACGACACAAAUCCAUCUUUCUUGGAUAAUUUCCCUGAUGACUCUACACAAUUCCGAAAUUAG